UUUUUUUUUUUUUUUUUAAACACAAGUUUAAGAAGGACAGAAAACAAAACCUUUUCAGGGUUGGUAAGAUUCAAAUGAAAAUCGGUUUUUAACCAAUCAGGUUACUCCAGCAAAGUCUGGCCAAUCAGGAUCGGAUCAUCUGUAUAAAGUCUCGUCCUGGACCCAGUCGUUCAGUUGCUUCUUCCGCGACACAACUCUUCACGCUAUGGCUCGUACAAAGCAGACAGCUCGCAAGUCCACCGGCGGCAAGGCCCCGCGCAAACAGCUCGCCACCAAGGCGGCUCGCAAGAGUGCGCCGGCCACCGGCGGCGUGAAGAAGCCGCACCGCUACCGGCCCGGCACGGUAGCUCUGCGCGAGAUUCGCCGUUACCAGAAGUCCACGGAGCUGCUGAUCCGCAAGCUGCCGUUCCAGCGGCUGGUGCGCGAGAUCGCACAGGACUUCAAGACCGACCUGCGUUUCCAGAGCUCGGCCGUGAUGGCGCUGCAGGAGGCGUGCGAGGCCUAUCUGGUGGGGCUCUUCGAAGACACCAACCUGUGUGCCAUCCACGCCAAGCGCGUUACCAUCAUGCCCAAGGAUAUCCAGCUUGCUCGCCGCAUCCGCGGGGAGAGGGCAUGUAUGUCUGGUCGUGGCAAGGGCGGUAAGGGCCUUGGGAAAGGGGGUGCUAAGCGCCACCGCAAGGUUCUUCGUGACAACAUCCAGGGCAUCACCAAACCCGCCAUUCGUCGUCUGGCUCGUCGUGGUGGCGUGAAGCGGAUCUCCGGUCUCAUCUAUGAGGAGACUCGUGGGGUGCUGAAGGUGUUCCUGGAAAAUGUGAUUCGGGACGCGGUUACAUACACCGAGCACGCCAAGCGCAAAACUGUUACCGCCAUGGAUGUGGUGUACGCGCUCAAGCGCCAGGGACGUACCCUUUACGGCUUCGGCGUUGGCACUACUUACCAAAUGGCUCGCACUAAGCAGACGGCUCGGAAGUCCACCGGCGGCAAGGCGCCGCGCAAACAGCUCGCCACCAAGGCGGCUCGCAAGAGUGCGCCGGCCACCGGCGGCGUGAAGAAGCCGCACCGCUACCGGCCCGGCACGGUAGCUCUGCGCGAGAUUCGCCGCUACCAGAAGUCCACGGAGCUGCUGAUCCGCAAGCUGCCGUUCCAGCGGCUGGUGCGCGAGAUCGCGCAGGAUUUCAAGACCGACCUGCGCUUCCAGAGCUCGGCCGUGAUGGCGCUGCAGGAGGCGUGCGAGGCCUAUCUGGUGGGGCUCUUCGAAGACACCAACCUGUGUGCCAUCCACGCCAAGCGCGUCACCAUCAUGCCCAAGGACAUCCAGCUUGCCCGCCGCAUCCGCGGGGAGAGAGCAUAAGCUUUGUGGCUCCUCCAGCUAACACAUACCUACCCCCAAAGGCUCUUUUAAGAGCCCCUCAAUUGUCACCAAAAAGGAGCUGUUCAUUGUCGAGUAUACAUAUUACCAGCAAAUGAAAAACGCCAUGAAUUUUAAAUGAAA